UAUUCAAAAUUAUACGGAGUACCCACAUUCAAAAUUUUCUCCCAUUUGAAGAACCCAUUCAAAUACACACCAACAUCCAAAAAAUAAAAGUAAGAUAGAGAGGAAAAAGAGCAUGGGAAAAGUGUCGUAUGAAGAGCGUCGGCAAAAGAGAGUUGAAGAGAACAAAAAACGGUUGGAUGAUCUCAACCUCACCCAUCUCUCUCAAGCCCUUAAAAAUCUUUCUCCCAAAUCUUCUCCGAUAAAGAAGGUCUGGAAGCCGCGAACAGUUGAGAAUAGAAUGGUAGCAGUGAGGCGAUCUGCUCGAGUUGCUAAACACCCAGCCCCUGUAUAUAUUCAAGUUCAUUUGCCUCGAUCAUCCUCGCCCAGAAAGAGCUAUGGAGUAGUAAGGGGGAACUAUGGAGUAGCAAGAGAUGAAGAAAGAGCAUCUACAAUAGAGAAAGCAGAGAAAUUGGUUGGUAAACUUGAGGAGGAGGGUUUUCCUACUGUCAUCAGACCAAUGCUUCCUUCCCAUGUCACUGGAUGUUUCUGGCUGGGUCUUCCCAGUGAGUUUUGCAGAACUCGCUUACCUAAUAAUGAUGCAACGGUGACAUUGGUAGACGAAGAGGGUGACGAAUAUCCAAGUGUUUACUUAGCACGUAAAACUGGACUAAGUGGAGGUUGGAGAGGCUUUGCUUUGGCUCAUGAACUUGUUGAUGGGGAUACUGUCGUUUUUCAAGUGAUUAGCCACUCAAUUUUUAAGGUAUACAUCAUAAGGAGAAGCGACGAAUUGAACAAGGUUCUCACUUCUGAGGAUUAACUAGCUGCACCUGCUAGGGCUUUCAGAAAUCUACUCCAUAUAUCGAUGCUUUUGUUGAUCGAGCAUCUCCUUGUUAAUACGGAGUAGUAUUCUAGGAUUUUAGCUAUUUUAGGUGUCUCAUAAGAUAAGGCAUUAGGAUCAACUCUAGCGUCUGACAAAAUUUUCCAUGUCCUCAGCUAUUACUUUUAACCGUCAUAAUAGUGAUUGCUUUUAUAUUCCA